AUGCAGGGGCUGGGAGAAUCUCAGGACACGACGGCAAAGGAUGAGGAAGACAGCAAAGCCAACAAAAAGCCGCCGCCAGAGGAGGACGCAAAGGCUGACAAGACUGAUGCCAAAGACGCACCCGAGCAGGAGCCGCAGGAGCCUGACAAGACAGAGUUUGAAGACAAAGACGCGCAAUUUGACGUGCAGAUGCAGCCUCAAGGGCAGGAUGGUGCCGAGGGCGAAGGGGACGGUGAAGGUGAGGGAGAAGGAGAAGGUGAAGGUGAAGGAGAGGGGGAUGCAGACUCGGACUUCAUCAAGUCCGACAUCGACAUGGAUGGAGAUGGCGAUCGUGGUGACGAUGGGGAAGGAUCAGAAGGAAGCAAGUGCGAUGAGGACAUUGGUGACCUCGAUGCCGCUGAUCCUGGCGUGCCAGAAGAGAAGAUUCCGGAAGAUGCCGGGGCUGAAGAGCUCGUUCCUCAGAGAAGUGCUGGACCAGACACAUGGAUUGACAUCCAUGGGAUUGAUGAUGUGAUGGCCUGA